AUGUUCGCCGUUCCCGGGUGGUCAGUGUCUUCCGAUGCGCUCAAGGCCGAAAAGCCCGCAGUCGCAGCCAGCAGUGGCUCUGCCAAGAAGCGCAAGAGGACCACCAGAGACGAGCCAGUAACGGCUGCCAACGUCGCCGAUCUGUGGGAGACGGUCGUCGAAGGGAAGAAGCCCAGCAGCAGUGACAAGCCCGCACAGGAUGCAAAGCGCCAAAAGAAGUCUUCCGACGACAAGCCCAAGGCCGGCGGCGAGAAGUCGGCGGCCGAGGCUGAUGAUGCAAAGUCACAGCAACAGGCAGGAGAUAACAAGGGCAAGAAGAGCAAGAAGGACAGGAAAGAGAACGCAAAUCAGCCAAAGAGCAAAGAAAAGGGAAACCGAUUGAAAUCCCAAAACGAAACCACAGUAGCAGUCGAAUCCCCCAAAGAAUCCAAAUCCAAAUCCAAAGCCGAGCCCGCAGCGGUCCUGCCUCCAGCACCACCCAAGUUGACGCCUCUACAGGCCUCGAUGAGGGAGAAGCUGGUUUCGGCACGGUUCCGCCACCUCAACGAGACGCUCUACACGCGGCCCUCGGAAGAAGCCUUCAAGCUCUUCCAGGAAUCCCCCGAGAUGUUUGACGAGUACCACGAAGGCUUCCGCCGCCAAGUCAAGGUGUGGCCCGAGAACCCAGUGGACAGCUUCCUGCGGGACAUUCGCACAAGGGCCAAGAUAAGAAAGGCCGGCAAGGGCAGGCCCAACGCCCCGCCCCUUCAGCUCAUCGCCAGCCCUCUGCCCAGGACCAGUGAUACGUGCACCAUUGCCGACCUGGGCUGCGGCGACGCCCGGCUGGCCGAGUCGCUCCAGGCGGACAAGCACAAGCUGCACAUCGACGUCAAGAGCUUCGACCUCCAGAGCCCCAGCCCUCUGGUCACAAAGGCCGACAUCGCCAACAUUCCCCUGGAGGACGGCUCCGUCAACGUCGCCAUCUUCUGCCUCGCCCUCAUGGGCACCAACUGGCUCGACUUUGUCGAAGAGGCCUACCGCCUGCUCCACUGGAAGGGCGAGCUCUGGGUCGCCGAGAUCAAGAGCCGCUUCGGCCCUGUGCGCAACAAAAACGCCCCCGUCACCCACAGCGUCGGAAACAGGCGCAAGCAGCCCUCCAAGAAGGAGGUGCAGGCCAAGGAGGCCGAGGCCGCUGGCCGCUUCGAAAAGGACCUCGCCGUCGAGGUGGAUGGCCAGGACGACCAACGCCGCGAGACGGAUGUGUCGGCCUUUGUCGAGGCCCUAAGACGGCGUGGCUUCGUCCUGCAGGGCGAUGGCCGCGAGGCCGUCGACCUGUCCAAUAGGAUGUUUGUUACCAUGCGCUUCAUCAAGGGUGCUGCUCCUACCAAGGGCAAGGGUGUCAAGCCAAACGACGACGCCGGCCCAAAGAAAAAGAAAAUGUUUGGUCGCAUGCAGGACGAGGAUGCGGAUGAUCAGGGUGGCGAAACUGAGGGAGCUAUCCUCAAGCCUUGUGUGUACAAGAUUCGGUGA